AUGCUGUGUGGGUGAAGAGAGAAAAGACAUUUGUGAAAUGCUGCAUUCUUUUGGUAAUCCAUUUGGAGGAGUGAAAUAUGCAUUUGAAAUAUGCUUUCAUAAAAACUAUCACAUUUGUCAAUAAGUUGAAGAUUUUAGAAAAUGAUGCAACCAACAGAUGUUUAAAACAAAAUACAUUGAGUAACCAGCAGGGAAAGUCAGGCAGAGCCGACUAUACAAUACGCUACACCGAGCCUAUAAUUAUUAAUUCGGGCGAUAGAUAUAAUUGGGAGGUAUAUCUAUAUCUGAACGGAAACACGGAUGAAUACACGCGCAUGGCUAAAUCGAAUAAGAAAGUGAUUCUGAGUCCAAUGGUAAACUUUAAGUGAUGAUGAUGUGUCCUUUGAAGGAAGAAAGGCAUCUUUAAUAUGAUUGUCAGCCAACAUAAUGAUAUUGCCAAUAUUUGUGAUGAUA